AUGAACCAAACACAAUCAUACAUGGACGUACAUACGUCUCACUUUUCAUCGCCUCAACCCUACGGCUCGCAUGGGGCUACUGCAGGAGGAAUGGUGCCAUACUCGCACUAUCAGCAACCACCGCCUCUUCUCCCGCCGGGAUCUGCUGGGUACCCUUCGACUCCAGGCUCAUAUUCUUACCCAUAUUCCAACGGUGUUGCCUCGACUACACAGCCUGCAUCGAACUCUAUUAGCAGUCAGGUACCAGCUCAAAUAUUGCCGUUACCAGCCAUGACUACCCACACAGUAACGCCACAUGGAUAUGUCGGCGGGGCAACCCCGGCUCAACAAAACGCUGUUCAUGAUCCAACCGGUCAGACUUGUCCACCAGGAGCAAAGCCCAGAGUAACAGCAACUCUGUGGGAGGACGAGGGCAGUCUAUGUUAUCAAGUUGAAGCUAAGGGUGUAUGUGUAGCCCGACGUGAAGAUAACCACAUGAUCAAUGGUACCAAGCUGCUAAAUGUUGCUGGUAUGACUAGGGGUCGUCGAGAUGGUAUUUUGAAAAGCGAAAAAGUCCGUCAUGUUGUGAAAAUCGGCCCUAUGCAUUUGAAGGGUGUAUGGAUCCCAUACGAGAGAGCCCUCGAUUUCGCCAACAAGGAGAAAAUUACUGACUUGCUAUACCCAUUGUUCGUUCACAAUAUCGGCGGUCUUUUGUACCACCCAACCAACUCUAACCGGACCAACAUGGUUGUUCAUGACUCGCAACAACGCAGACUGGAAGGUAGUCAGAGCGCCCGAACCUCUCAAGGACCUCAAGCUCCUGCUCUACAUCACCAUCACUCUAUGAACGGUUCAGUUCCCACUCACAUGUCACAACCAUCGACUUCUUCUGUGGCACCUCAAGCAAACGGUGGCCGACCAGAAAUGAAUCGCGCUCAUACUUUCCCCACUCCUCCAGCCAGUGCAUCCAGUUUGAUUGGCAUUCCUAACCAAGGUAGUACCUACGAUUGGAACAACCAGAACAUGAAUUCCACUGUUCAGACAUCCCAGAACGUACCGAUCGACAAUGGAUUGAACAAUACCAGGUCAAUGCCCACGACCCCGGCCACUACGCCACCAGGAAAUAAUCUGCAGGGCAUGCCGCCGUAUCAAAACCAACCGGCUUAUGACAGCACCAAGUCAUACUACUCAGCGGCUCCUUCAUCACAGAGCCAAUACGCCUCCCAGCCUCUAGCUGCACACUCUCUUACCAGCUAUGGUCAGCCCAUAAUGAAGGAUCUUGGUUCUUCGGGUGGAAGACCGCCUCUUGGUCCUGGUGAGCAAGACCAUGAUGACAAGGUUGACCGAUACAACCAACCCAGUGGUCAAGUUACAAACGGUACGGGUGAAGAAGAGAACGGCCAGCAACAGGAGCCCGAGUACGUUCAAGACAAUGUCGCUGGAUCCUAUGCCAACCGCAACUCUUAUACCUACACGGCUAAUCCGUCUGUCUCUUCGCUCGCUGGAGACCAUUCUCAGCUGGGUGGAUCUCCUUCGCAUCAGAACGGAAGUGACAGGAUGACACCACGUACUGCAACCACCAACCCACCGCCACAAUGGACCCAGGGCUACAACACCCCUCCAAGGGCUCUACCAGCAGGCAGUAUUUCCAACAUUGUCAGUGACACGCGGGGAGCUCCCAAUGGCGAUUCGUAUGCUCCUAGCACUGCAUAUGCAUCAAAUUAUUCCGGAUACUCGUCGGUCAAUGGGUCAUCGAUGGGCUCCAGCAAAAGAAUGCGAGAUGAUGACGACGAUCAUCUGUCGCGAUCCGAUGGCCGUGAUAACGACUACGAGACGAAGCGUCGCAAGACUUUGACCGAACCCGCCGUUGGAAGUGCUUUUAUGCAAAUGCAGCAGCAACCCGUUCCAGCAGGAGGAGUGAUGCGACGCCGAUGA